AUUUAUUUGAAAUGGUAAAGAAAGAGAAGGGAAAGCCCAACCCUUUGGGUGAAGUUAGCAGAGAUUACACCAUCAAUCUUCACAAAGGUGUUCACAAGGAAACAUUCAAGAGAAAGGCCCCAAGAGCUGUCUCAUAUAUUGUUAAUUUCGGUAUUAAAAUGAAAUUAAUUGUCAGCAAGAAAGAAUAUGCUCACAGAGGAUGUCAGAAUCGACCCAUCUUUGAAUGAGGCUGUUUGGGCUAGAGGAAUCAGAAAUCUCCCCAGAAGAAUCAGAGUCAGAUUACAAAGAAAGAAGAAGGAGGAAGAUGAUGGAAAAGGCAAAUAUUAUACACUUGCUCAACAUGUUCCUGUUGAUUCAUUCGAUGGCUUAAAAACAGAAAUCACCAAGUCAUAAUGAUC